AUGAACGAUUUUGCAAUUCUUAACCAGUGCAGAGUUCCGGCUCUCAUCCAGCCCAGUAAACAGCAGUAUAUUCAUUAUCACGAGUCCGACUUGGUGUUUCAGAAGGCUGUAUUUCAACGAAAAGCAGAUGGAGCGGAGGAGGAGCGAGAGUCGUCGACUCGACCAAAUCGAAAGUCAGUGGAAUUGGAGCACGACAUUUCCAAGACAAAACCUGAACGAUCUCCACCUAAGAUCAAGCUACAGACUGGACCAUUUGGGUAUAAAACUAUAGGACAGCUUAUAUUCAACGAUUACGAGCACAGACGAGGAAAAAGCAUUCUGCAGCCAUGCCCUUGCUUGCCUUGUUCUUCAUGGAAAAAACUAAUCGAUAACCCAUCAAUACCCAUCGAAGCAGAGCUACCGCUGACUCUUAUUAAUAAAUAG